AUGAAGCUACCCUCCCUGCUCCCGGUGUUGGUGGCGCUCUCCGCGGGGCCAGCCUGUGCCGCCCGGGGGGGCAUCCGGGUCCGGUCCCACGGCGCCCCCCCCUUGGGGCGCCGCCUGUCGGCCGUGGUGCGCCAGAGGCGCCAGUGGCCCGGAUGGGCCCCUGGCGCCGUCGUGUACCUCAACGACACGAGCUUGUCGUUGGACGCAGUCCUGGCGGACAUAGAGGGCCUCCACUCCCACGUCACGAGCAGGCUGGCCACGAUCCAUGCUUCAUGCCUUAAGGACGCCGCCAACAUAACUGCCAGGAUCGCAGAGCACAGCAGCGAGGUCGAACGGCUGCAGCGCGAGCGGUUGCUCAACCUCGCCGCGCAAGCAGAGAAGCAGGCCGAGUUGGACGCGUUGGUCGCAAAAGAGACCGAGGCACGGGCGUCUUACGACUCGACGGUGGCCCAGCGUGCAGAGGAGGCCUUGUCGUUUUCCAAAGAAGCCGCCUCCACGGCCAUGCAGCGGGACGUGUUGUCCGCGGUGCUGCAGACUUUGCAGCAGAAGCGCUCCUCGCUGCAAGCCAACUCGUCCAGUCCUGCAGUAUCUGCGCUCGACUACGUCAUAGGGGUCAUUUCCAGCAUGGUGGAUACUUCAACCACCGACCUGCAGGAAGGGUCCUCUGGCCACUACCAGCGGGAUUCCGACCUUUUGGAACUUGUCAACACCCAUAAGGCGUCGUUGCAACACAUAGACCAGCAGUACCAGGCAGAAAAUGCAGUCAAGCUGGCCGCCGAAGGAGCAGCGGUAAACGCUGCGACAGAAAUUGCAAUGCGGAAGAAAAUCCUUGAGGCUGACACGAACUCGAGGGACUAUUUCUGGAGUUUUUGCGGCAGCGGCAGUGGGUAUGCUGGCACCGUCCACUCCGCAAAAACGGUCCUGACCAGCGCGUUCGACAAGUUCCAGGAACAAGGGUCCCAGACGUUAGACGUUAUGGAAGAGAUCAUAACGAUGGAGACCACCACCACAACGACCACCACCACCACUACGACUACAACCACUACGACAACUACCACAACAACGACAACGACCACCACCACCACCACGACCACCACCACUACAAUCACGACGACAACUACCACGACGACAACUACCACCACCACGACUACGACCACGACGACGACCACGACCACCACGAUCACCACCACGACGACAACGAUAACCACCACGACCACCACGACCACCACUACCACCAUCACGACCACCACGACCACCACCGCCACGACCACCACUAUUACCACGACCACGACCACGACCACGACCACGGCCACGACCACGACCACGACCAUCGCCACCAUCGCAAAUGCCACCACGGUUCCGGCGGGCGCG